AUGUUGCCUCCGUGUUUACCACUCGAGUUGUGGGAUCGCGCCAUCGACCAUCUAUGGAACGACUGCGCCGCCCUAGAAGCGCGUCGCCUGACCUGCCACGCCUGGUUCAGCUCCGCGCACGUGCACGUUUUCCGGAACGCCGAGGUGCACCUGCAUUGCGAGCAGGACUGCGACACGCUCGCGAACCUCACUGCGCCGCACACCGCGCACCCGCUGCGCCUCCUCAGCAUCGUGAACCUCGGCCGGACCGCGUCCUUCCACGCGGAGCCCGACCGACGCUGCAACGCAGGCACGCUGGCUCGACGACAAGGCGGGGAAACGGAUGAUAUCUACGGAUAUCCGUGGAUGGCGUUAUCCAAGCCAACCCUUGCCGCGAUGGAAGCAAUCACGUGGGAACACGACGAACGCCCGCAACGGAUCACGGCGCUGCGCUGGGCGGCUGGCACGGCGAGCUGGUCUCUUGCAUCGCUGCACUUCUUUGCCGAGACGUACGGCGUCCAGAGCCACCCGGCGCUCAAGUUCUUCCCCAGCUGCUCGAAGGGCGAGUCGAUUGGCUACGACCGGGCGCGCAGAGAGGGCGCCCCCGACGACUUCUUGAGCCAGAAGUGCGGCACGUACCGUGCAGUCGGCGGUGACCCCACUGAACUCCAAAACGCAGGGUGUCUUCCCGAGUUCGACACGCUCCGCCGAAGAAAGAUGAAGCGUGUCGAGCAGCGCGGCACCAUGGACGGACUGCUCGCCAUGGGUCGUUCCUACCACCACCAGCCACCCGCGGCAAUCCAUCCGUCCUCCCACUACCACGGCACCCUCAAUGGGCGCGGCCCCGGCCCCGAUCGCUCUCCACCACUCGGAUACCCUCCCUGCCAACCACUCCUACCUAGCGACACCUCGGUCUUGGCUCGUCCAUGA